AUGGAGAAAUCUAAAGAAGAUCCCGACGUCAGCUCUUCUCAGGCAAACGCCCAAGUUGACAACAAGCACAAACCGACUCCUACCCAAGAUGUCGAAAAAGCACCCAGUGCUACUCCAAAAUCUCCAGCAAUUGACUAUCCCAGUGGCAUCAACUUGAUCAUUCUUGUUGUGGGCCUCUUUCUUGCUGCCCUUUGCGUCGGUCUCGAUCGCACCAUUGUUUCUACUUCCAUCCCCAAAAUUACCAGCGACUUCAACUCCCUCGACGAUGUGGGCUGGUAUGGUUCAGCAUACCUCCUCACCAAUUGCUGCUUCCAACUCUUCUUCGGCAACUUUACGCAGAAUUCCCACGCCGAGCUCGGUCGCUCUGAUCGUGGGAAGAGCCGUGGCGGGAAUAGGAGGUGCGGGCAUCGUUUCCGGAACUCUUAUUGCGCCAUGGGUGGAUCGGUGGUAAUCGCUCAAAUCACUUCGCCCACACUUGGAGGCGUCUUUACUGACAAAGUCACUUGGAGGUGGUGCUUUUGGAUCAAUCUUCCACUAGGCGCCGUGACCCUUCUCACUGUGCUUUUCCUAGUCAAGAUCCCUGCUGAUCCCAAUCGCAAGAUGACAGGCACAAUCAAGGGGUUUCUCGAUCGAUUCGACCUCAUCGGCACAUUGAUACUUAUACCCUGGGCCAUCUGCCUUCUUUUGGCCCUACAGUGGGGUGGAAGCCAAUAUUCGUGGAAUUCCUGGAGAAUUAUCCUUCUUCUUGUCCUCUUCGCUGUUCUAUUCGUCCCAUGGGGUUUCAUUCAGUAUAAGCAGGGCAGUAAGGCUACGCUUCCACUGCGCAUCAUCAAGCAGCGAUCCAUGGCUUCAGGGAUGAUAUACAUGUUUUGCCUAUUCUCAGCCUUUUUUGUCAUCCAUUAUUACGUUCCCAUCUGGUUCCAGUCCGUAAAGGGCGUUUCGGCAUACAAGUCCGGCAUCUAUUUUCUCACAAUGAGCGCCGGUCUAUCGUUGACUGUUAUAGCCUCAGGGUUCCUAACAACUCGUAUCGGCUAUUUUGUCCCCAACAUGAUCAUGUCAACCAUACUUUCUUCCGUGGGAGCUGGCCUUAUCUACUCAUUUGAUCCCCAUACAAGCAUUGGUCUUUGGGUUCCGUCGCUCAUCAUUAUGGGCGUUGAGAUUGGUAUCGGCGCUCAGCAGCCUCUCAUGGUCACCCAAACCGUCUUCAAAGGCCCCGAUAUUGCUCUCUCUACCUCUGCUCUUAUCUUCACUCAAGCUCUUGCGGGCACAAUCUUCCUUUCUGUUGCCGCAAAUAUCUUCCAGAAUCAGCUCAUUUCUCAGAUCCACAAGCUGGUCCCCGAAAUCGACCCACGCGAUAUGAUUGAGACCGGCGCCUCAAGUCUCCUACAGUUACUCGAAACUAGGUUUCCCCAGCAUUUGAAUGCUGGUUUGACAGCCUAUAACAAUGCUAUUCGUCAAGUCUUUCUUCUACCGGUCAUAUUUGCAUGCCUCAACGUCAUUCCGGACGCAUUUAUGGAGUGGGUGAGCCCAGUGAAGAGAUGA